CGCACAAGCCCGUCACGGUGGAAUUACAUAGUGGAAGAUCACCGAUCUCGAGGUCUUAAAAUAUUUUGGAAUUCUUUCCAGGAAUUAAUAUUCAGUUCAGAGUCCACCGAGAUAGAACCGGCCGAAGUUGACUCUAGGAAGAGAGUGAAAAUAAUUCCCGAGGUGCGCUAGCGGCACUGUCGUGAUGAUUAGGCAAGUCUGACCUAUUGAUUACUUUCGAUCAGUUAUAAAAGCGAUUCAUUGACUUCGGCCCUUAGGACAAUUCAAUGCGACUUCCAGUUCUCAUCGCUUCACUUAUCUCGAACCUCGAAUCCGCGUUCUUUCUGUGUUGGUUAUCUCAGGGUUCCUAAUUGUUAUCUCUAGCCUUGUGAAUGACGUUGAUAUUGUGCUUUUCUUACUUCUUCAAUCGAUCAUAACAUAUUUACCAUUGCGGAUACAACAUACUCAGUUAUUUUGCUCGAGCAUACGUUACUAAAGUGCAUUUUCUAUUUCGAGCAGGAUCACACCAUAGUUAAGGAUGGGUUCAAGGGUGAAAGUCGUCGAAUUGCUGCAGACAGUUGCAAAUUCCUCAUGCAAAUGUCCAGCUCACUCACAUCAUGUUGCAGGCGUUGCAACCAGUCAAAAAAUACGGAGAGAUAAUUCAACAGCUUGUGGUAUUCCUGAGGACAAAGAAUAUGCUUUUGAAAUUGCCAAUUCAUCGAUCAGAUAUGGGAUAGGAGUAACGAAAGAGGUUGGCCAAGAUUUUGCCAACAUGGGUGCCAAAAGAGUGUGCGUUAUGACUGAUCCCUUCCUCAAAAAUUUGCCAGCUGUGAAAACAACCUUAGACUCUCUCACAAAAGCUGGAGUCCAGUUUGAACUCUAUGACAAAGUAAGGGUGGAACCCACAGAAAAAAGUUUUGAAGAUGCGACAAAGUUUGUACGAGCGAUGCAAUUUGAUGCUUUCUGUGCUGUGGGUGGCGGAUCUGUUAUUGACACUUGCAAAGCAGCGAAUUUGUACCAUUCUGAUCCUGAAGCUGAAUUCUUAGAUUACGUUAAUCCACCAAUAGGCAAAGGAAAACCAGUAACCAAACCUUUGAAGCCUUUAAUUGCAAUUCCUACAACCUCAGGAACAGGCAGUGAAACGACGGGUGUUAGUAUUUUUGAUUAUGAGCCAUUGAAAGCCAAAACAGGAAUCGCUAAUCGUGUUUUGAGGCCAACACUUGGAAUCAUAGACCCUCUCCACUGUUUAACAUUACCAGAAAGAGUUUGUGCUUUCAGUGGAUUUGAUGUUUUUUGUCAUGCCCUCGAGUCCUUCACAGCAUUGCCCUACACAGAAAGAACCCCGCGUCCCACUGACCCUAUUUUACGGCCGGCAUAUCAAGGAAGCAAUCCCAUCUCCGAUAUUUGGGCCAAAUUUGCUAUAAAUGUCAUCAAAAAUCAUUUUAAAGAAGCUGUGUACCAUCCAGAUAAUCUCAAGUCUCGUGCAAAUAUGCACCUCGCAUCAGCAAUGGCAGGUGUUGGUUUUGGAAACGCUGGGGUUCAUCUUUGUCAUGCUCUAUCUUAUCCAAUUUCUGGCAAUGUCAGAACGUUUCGACCUGAUGGCUACAGUGAUGAUCAUGCCAUCAUCCCUCAUGGAUUGUCUGUGGUUAUGUCUGCUCCUGCCGUUUUUGAAUUCACUGCCCCCGCUUGCCCUGAGAGACAUUUAGAGGCAGCUGAACUUUUGGGAACCGAUAUUAGCAAUAAAAAACGAGCAGAUGCUGGGAAAGUGCUAGCUGAUACCGUCAGAGAAUAUAUGAGUUUCAUGAAAAUUGAUAAUGGUUUAAGUGCUCUGGGUUUCAUGAAGGAUGAUAUUACUAAUCUAGUUAAAGGAACCCUACCACAGCAUCGAAUCACUAAACUUGCCCCGAGGCCUCAAGCCGAGGAAGAACUGGCUGAACUUUUUGAAAACUCCAUGACUAUCUACUAAGAUCUAAUGAGGAGCUGCCAGGUCGUAAGUGACUGCUUCAACCAGUACCUGCCCAUUUUAAAUCUAUUUUUAUACUGUUUUUAAAGAAUAUAUUUUAAUAUUACCGGUUACGUUUUUAUAGAUUCAUAUUUUGAAAAUUUAAAAUUCAAGACUGAAUUGUUCUGUUCCUACGGUAAAAAUAAAUUAAUGAUUAAAUUGAUUGAAUGUAAUGAACAUAA